AUUCUUUGGGCUUGAGCCAGAGACCUGCUGUAUUGCCUGCCGUUCCUGGGAGUCAGCAACCUGCCAUCUUACCUGACAACUUUGGAUUUGUUUGCCUCGCAACCAGAAGUCUCCCAUUGGGUCUGCCGAUCCAGAUUUGUCAGUGCCUGCAGUUACAUGAGUCAAGAGAAGCUUCCAGUCUGACAUCUGACCCACGGACUUGGAACUUGCCUUCCUCUACAUCUCUAAACUGGAUGGCUUCUACAGGGAGCCAGGCCUCUGAUAUAGACGAAAUUUUAGGAUUCUUCAGUGAUGGCGCACCCCCUACCAAAAAGCCCAGGAAACUGCUUCCAAGCUUGAAGACUAAGAACCCUCGGGAACUUGUGCUGGUGAUUGGAACAGGCAUCAGCGCUGCGGUUGCCCCCCAAGUUCCAGCCCUGAAAUCCUGGAAGGGGCUAAUCCAGGCCUUACUGGAUGCCGCCAUUGAUUUUGAUCUUCUGGAAGAUGAGGAGAGCAGAAAAUUCCAGAAGUGUCUCCAUGAAGACAAGAACCUUAUCCAUGUUGCCCAUGACCUCAUCCAGAAACUCUCUCCUCGUACCAGUAAUGUUCGAUCCACAUUUUUCAAGGACUGUUUAUAUGAAGUAUUUGAUGACUUGGAGUCAAAGAUGGAAGAUUCUGGAAAACAGCUACUUCAGUCAGUUCUCCACCUCAUGGAAAAUGGAGCCCUCGUACUAACUACAAAUUUUGAUAAUCUCCUGGAACUCUAUGCAGCAGAUCAGGGAAAACAACUUGAAUCCCUAGACCUUACUGAUGAGAAAAAGGUCCUCGAGUGGGCUCAGGAAAAGAGGAAGCUGAGCGUUUUACACAUCCAUGGUGUCUACACCAACCCUAGUGGCAUUGUUCUGCACCCAGCUGGAUAUCAGAAUGUGCUCAGGAACACUGAAGUUAUGAGAGAGAUUCAGAAACUCUACGAAAAUAAGUCAUUUCUUUUCCUGGGUUGUGGCUGGACAGUAGAUGACACCACUUUCCAAGCCCUUUUCCUGGAGGCUGUCAAACAUAAAUCUGACUUAGAACAUUUUAUGCUGGUUCGGAGAGGAGACGUAGAUGAGUUCAAGAAGCUUCGAGAGAACAUGCUGGAUAAAGGGAUUAAAGUUAUCUCCUAUGGAAAUGAAUAUGCUGAUCUUCCCGAAUAUUUUAAACGAUUAACCUGUGAGAUCUCUACAAGGGGUAGAUCAGGAAUGGUGAGAGACGGUCAGCUCAAUGGCUCAUCGGCAGCGCACAGUGACACAAGAGGUAGUAGUACUUGAGAGGGCUACCGAGAUCACCAUUAGACCAAGCUGUGAGGCCCCACUGUGGACAGUGUUUAACAAGUAAACUUAGAAGAGCCCACCAAGGAGUACCAAAACCCAGAAGUUGAAGGUUGGGGGUAGAGCAGCAGGGUGGGGGGGAAAUGUUCCAACUUAAUCUUUUGUGCUGGCUGGUUCUGGAUAUUCUGCUGCCUGUUCCGGUUCAAGAAUGCCUGAGAUCGCAGGCCCUCCCAGGCAAGACGUGCUUGCGCCCAUGCAGCUGGCCAGUGUGAUCUUCCAUUGCUUGUGGCUGCAGCUCUGCAUGAAGGACCUGGGGACCUAGAAGCCACAGAGUCUCUGUGGCCCUUGUUGCAAUUUUAUACUCCAUACUUGGUUUUUCAAUUAAGCGUAAUGGAUUUUUUUAAAACAUGACUUGAAGCUCUAGUUUUCUAGGUCUUUUACAGUAUUUUACAUAACUAAGCGGUAUUAAAAGCCUGUUCAUUUACA